GUGAGCUCAAGUCCAAGGGAGCUGCAGCCCGGGCGGGCAUUCGGUCAGUCCAGCUGUCGCCCUCAGCUCGUGCCCAGCGCGCUCUGUCUGACGGGCUCCUCUGACCAGCCUGGCCGUCGUCGUCGCUCUCUGCAUCCCUGCAGCCCGAGAGAGACCUGAACUCCGAGCCAGUCUCCGACCGCGACCUCCACCUUGAUCCCCGGCCCCUGCCCCAACCCACCCUACCCCACCCCCGGCCCCGGCUAGGGCUUCGGCCCCAGCCACUCCCCCCCCACCCCCCGCGGCAAUGGCCAUGGCUAAGGUCCCGUCGCCUCGGAGCCUGGACCACAUCGACCUGUCCACUCUGAGGGAUCCAGCUGGCAUAUUUGAACUAGUCCAGGUGGUUGGAAAUGGGACCUAUGGACAAGUCUAUAAGGGUCGCCAUGUGAAGACUGGUCAGUUAGCAGCUGUCAAAGUCAUGAGUGUUACAGAGGAUGAAGAAGAGGAAAUCAAAAUGGAAAUCAACAUGCUUAAGAAAUAUUCCCAUCAUAGGAACAUUGCUACCUAUUAUGGCGCCUUCAUAAAGAAGAAUCUUUCUGGCCAUGACGAUCAGCUCUGGCUCGUGAUGGAGUACUGUGGAGCAGGCUCCGUCACAGAUUUAGUGAAGAAGACCAAAGGUAACUCCUUUAAAGAAGACUGGAUUUCAUACAUCUGCCGGGAGGUUCUACGGGGCCUUUCCCACCUUCAUAUGCACCAUGUAAUUCACCGGGACAUCAAAGGACAGAAUGUCCUCCUGACUGAAAAUGCUGAAGUAAAACUGGUGGAUUUUGGAGUGAGUGCCCAGCUGGACCGGACCGCUGGCAGAAGAAACACCUUCAUUGGGACGCCAUAUUGGAUGGCACCAGAGGUGAUUGCAUGUGAUGAAAACCCUGACUCGACCUAUGAUUACAGAAGUGACUUGUGGUCCCUUGGAAUCACCGCCAUGGAAAUGGCCGAGGGCGCUCCACCCCUCUGUGAUAUGCAUCCCAUGAGAGCACUCUUUCUCAUCCCCCGGAAUCCUCCUCCCAAACUGAAAUCUCGAAAAUGGUCUAAGAAGUUCCUCAACUUUAUCGAAAAUUGCUUGGUUAAAAAUUACAUACAUCGUCCCUCCACUGAGGCCCUGUUGAGGCAUUCAUUCAUUCGAGACUUGCCAAAUGAACGACAAGUUCGGAUCAUGCUCAAAGACCAUCUGGAUCGAACCAAGAAAAAGAAAGGCGACAAAGAUGAAACCGAAUAUGAAUAUAGUGGAAGUGAAGGUGAAGAGGAAGAAGAGGAAGAGGAGGAGAUAAAUGAAGACCAAGGAGAGCCCAGCUCCAUAGUUAACCUUCCUGGUGAAUCCACCCUCCGAAGAGAGUUUCUCAGACUGCAGCAGGAAAACAAGAAAAACCCAGUUUUGAAGCAGCAGCAACUGAGACGACAACAGCAGCAGCAGCAGCAAUUGCUAUGGCAACAGUUGGAGCAGAAGCAACAAAAUCUGCAGAGGGAGGAACAAAAUCGGCAGCAGGAGCAGCAAAAUCUGCAGAGGGAGGAGCAAAAUCAGCAGCAAGAGCAGCAAAAUCUGCAGAGGGAGGAGCAAAAUCAGCAGCAAGAGCAGCAAAAUCUGCAGAAGGAGAAGCAAAAUCUGCAGAAGGAGGAGCAAAAUCAGCAGCAAGAGCAGCAAGAUCUACAACAGGAAGACCAAAAUCUACAGCAUAAGAAACAGGCCCCACAGCAGCAACCUCAGGUACUGCCAAAGCUGCAAUUACUGCAGCAACCAGAACAUAACCAGGACCAGCAACCUGCAAAACAGGAACAUCAGCCACCAAAACAGGAGCAGCAGCCACCAAAGCAGGAACUGCAGCUGCCACCAAAGCAGGAAUUGCAGCCACCAAAACAGGAACAGCAACCGCCAAAGCAGGAACAGCAGCCGCCAAAGCAGGAACAGCAGCCGCCAAAGCAGGAACAGCAGCCGCCAAAGCAGGAACUGCAGCCGCCAAGGCAGGAACUGCAGCCGCCAAGGCAGGAACUGCAGCCGCCAAGGCAGGAACUGCAGCCGCCAGAGCAGGAACAGGAGCCGCCAAAGCAGGAACUGCAGCUGCCAAAGCAGGAACAGCAGCUGCCAAAGCAGGAACAGCAGACUCCAAAGCAGGACCUGCAGCCACCAAAGCAGGAACUGCAGCUGCCAAAGCAGGAACAGAAGCUGCCAAAACCGAUCCAGCGGCCACAAGAGUAUCCAGACCAUCACUGGGUGAACCUGCCACCAAAGCCAGUAUCCCAUCAUCAUCAUCAUGUGCAUAGGCUGCCUAAGCAGAUGGCCCAUCACCUGCUACAGAAACUGCCAAGGCAAACGGUCCAUCACCAGCAAAGGAUGCCUAAGCAGGUGGUCCAUCACCAGAUGCAAUUGCCACCAAAGCAAGUGGUCUAUCUCCAGCCACAGCAGCCACUAAAGGUGUCAGCCCAUUACCAGGCACAGCUGCCAUCCUAUCACCAGGCACAGCCACCACUAAGGGUGCUACACCAUUACCAGCCACAGCAGCCACCAAAGAUGCCAGCCCAUCACCAGGUACACCAUCCAGCACAGCAGUCUCUACAGCUGCCAGUCUAUCACCAGGCAAAGCAACCAGCUCAGCAGGCAGGACAUCGCCAGAUGAAGCAGCCACCUCAUCACUUAUCACCAUAUCACCAGGCACAGCAACCACAGCAGGUGGCUCAGCAUCAGCGAAAACCAGAGGAUGCUCCAAAUGUUAAAAAAUCUCAUCGAACCCUUCCUAAAGAUCAAACUCAGCUGUUAUUUCUACAAUAUGAUCACAAGCCACCACUGAACAAAGAGUCUCCGAAGGCAUUGAAAGAGAGUCCAGAUACCUCUCCAAGCAGUACAAAGAAAGAGAUGAACACUAAGACAAAGAAAUUUGAGGGUGCCCAGAUACGUUUGAAUUGGACCCUUGCUUCUGAUCGUGAUAAUCCUCCCCAUACUAAGGUGAUUUCUGGCAGCAGUUCUAGUCCUUGUACACCAGCUUUGCUGAGGGCAGAAAUAGUAACAAAGAAUGAGAACCUCCAGCUAAGUAAAGAUAACCACCACAGCUACUCACUCUCAGACGUGGCCAUCAGGCCUAAAACCUCGGGGAAAGAUGACCUCUUUCGGAGCAAGUGCCCAGUUGAAGAUCAGCCUCCUAAGGUCCCAGAAAGAACAACCUCAAAAUUCCGUAGCAAGGAUAUCAUCAACCAGGCCCGCCGCUAUCCAAUUAGUUCCCAGCCGCCAUCUUCUGGGGGAUGGGCUCAGAAGCCAAAGACUGGCAGUAAUUUCACCAGCAACAGACAGUGGGCGAUGGAAUGUCGGGUGACCAACAGAGCAACAACAGGAUCUUCUAGACCUGAACUUCCCCUGACUAGGACCCUGGAGCCACUAUACAAGAAGGGUGAAACUGGCCCUCCACCAGUCCAAAUCAUAACUCCUGGUUUCCUUAAAGGAAAAGAUAACAUCAAACUGUUCUUAAAAGCCUCUGAAUUUUCAUCUUCCAGUGAAGAGAUUGUUAGCAGUGAUGAGGAAGAAUACAGUUACCCAAGGCACUACUUAAGCAAUGGAGGAUUGGAUUUCCCAAGGACAAGAGCCCCAAAGGGACCAGAGCGGAAAGCCAAAAGCAGAGGAUUUGAAUCGAAGGUUUUUUGUUGCUGUUUUGAAGAUGGUCAAUCAAAAGGAAGCAUUUGGUCAAACGUGACAUUACUGUCAUCCUCACGUAUGAUUGCAAGUCCUAAAAGCAAACCAGCCAAAAGCAUGACCUCCUCUACUUCAUCCUUCACCUCAUUUUUGGAUCCCAAACUUCUGCAGUUCACACCAUCUUCCAGUCCUUCCAGACGUAUCUUUGGUUCCUUUGAAGAGAAACCUGAGUUUCAAAGGAACAGAAGAAAAACCUCUGUCGUCAAUGUCAAUCCCAUCAACGCCCGCCUACAGAAUGACAGCCCAGAAAUCCGCAAGUACAAAAAGAAGUUCAGCUCUGAGGUUCUCUGUGCAGCUUUGUGGGGUGUCAAUCUGCUGGUAGGAACUGAGAGCGGGCUGUGGCUAUUGGAUAGAAGUGGCCAGGGAAGAGUUUACUCUCUGAUAAGUAGACGCCGAUUUCAGCAAAUCGAUGUCCUAGAAGGACUUAAUGUGUUGAUCACCAUUUCAGGAAAGAAGAAUAAGCUGCGAGUGUACUAUUUGUCCUGGCUAAGAAACAAGAUUUUGCGCAAUGACCCUGAGGUGGGAAAGAAGCAAGGUUGGAUUUCUGUGGGAGACUUGGAAGGCUGUGUGCAUUACAAAAUUGUUAAAUAUGAGAGGAUCAAAUUUCUUGUUGUCGCUCUGAGGAAUUCAGUUGAGGUCUAUGCGUGGGCACCAAAACCGUAUCACAAGUUUAUGGCUUUUAAGUCAUUCCACUCCCUUUAUCAGAAGCCUCUGGCAGUUGACCUCACAGUGGAAAAUGGACAGAGACUGAAAGUGAUCUAUGGCUCCGUAGCAGGAUUCCAUGCCAUUGAUGUUGAUUCUGGGACAGUUUAUGACCUAUACCUACCAACUCAUAUCCAUGGGACCAUUCAACCACAUACUAUCAUCAUUCUGCCCAAUACUAGUGGCACAGAACUUCUGCUCACCUAUGAAGAUGAAGGAGUCUACGUUGACAUAUAUGGACAUUUCACUAAAGAAGCAAUUUUGCAGUGGGGAGAAAUGCCAGGAUGCGUGGCCUAUCUCCAGUCAAACCAGAUCAUGGGCUGGGGAGAGAGAGCAAUUGAGCUACGCUCUGUUGAAGCUGGAAACCUGGAAGGAGUGUUCAUGCACAAGAAAUCCCAGAAGCUCAAAUUUCUGUGUGAACGAAAUGACAAGGUAUUCUUCGCCUCUGUCCAAUCUGGCUCCAGUCAGAUUUACUUUAUGACCCUCAGGCGAAAUACAUUCUUCAACUGGUAGAUGUCAGAAGAAAUGAUUGGCUAUUUCCAGGGAUUGAAACCGUGUCAAAUACCUUGAAGUUUGCACACAUGCACACAUUUGCACUUUUCAUCUGCAAAUAUCUUGUCAUUCAUUCGGUUAUCUUUCCGUUGUGUUUGGGGAAAUGAUGAAAACAAGUAUUCAGCUUUUAAUGUAGCGAAGAGUGAUUCUGAUGAGAGACGCAGCUUGUAGAGAAUGAUUGCAAGCUCUAUAUACUCUCAAAGGGAUGUACUCUCUUUUAUAGAAUUAUUUUAAGCUUUAUUACUUUAACUUUUGAUGUUUUAAGCUUUAUUUAGUUAGUAACUCUGUGUGGAUUUUAUAGGCCACAAAUUUUAUUCCAGGCAAUUUUUGGAACUAUUGGCAUUGCUUUUUGUCCUGAAGAAAAAAAUGAUGAAAAUCAGGACUGAUUUUUGAAAGCUAGAACCAAAUGCUAAGUCAUAAAAAGAUAGAGAUGACAGAAACAAUGCCCUAAAUCAAAGAAAGAUGGUGCCUUCAUUCCAGCAGCACAUAAUAACAGUGCAGGGGAAAGUGACAUCCAUUUCCUCCCUGCAAGGUUUAAUGACCUGGAUUUUAAACUUUUUCUAGACACAGAGUAAUAAUUAUCUAUCUAUAUUAGUUUUCCCCCAUAUUAUAUUAUACCCAUUUCCCUGUAGUAUAGAGACUUUUCCUCUGAUACUUGGCCUCCCAAGAAUAAGAUUCUUAGCAUCUGUCAUUGAUGAUUUUAGAAAAGAGGAAAUGGCCACCUUGACAACUGAUAUAUAGUUGUAGUCCUGGCCUGCUAGACAGAUAGUCUAUGGAACAGCUUUUUGAAAUAUUUAAAAGUAGGUAUCUUAUUAAAAUCCUACUCCAAAGAAAGAUUGACCCACAAUUCUGAUCUGCUCUGCUUCCAAAUCUGCUCUCCAAUGAUUGAAAACAGGCCAAAUCUAUUCCUGAUGAUUGUUAAGUAGGAGAGAGGAAAUAUGGUAGAGUGGACAGACUCUAGACUUGGCACCAGGAAAACCUAUGUCUGACACUUAGCUGUGAGGCCCUGGUCCAGUCACCUAAACUCCCUGUGUCUUGGGCAAUUCUACAUUUGUAGUCAGAGGACUGGGUUCAAAUAUUUAAUACCCAUGUGAUCUUAGAGAAGUCACUUAUCCUCUCUAGGCCUCACUUUCUCCCCUCUUUAAAAUGAGAGGGGAGAACUGGAUGUUCUCUGGAGGCCCUUCUAACUCUAGAGGUAGAAUCCUAUGGCUACAAGUUAUAAUUGCUCAAGGUUCACAGAGGGAAUUUCAAUCCAGUUGUAGUCACCCCUCAUUGACUUUUGCUGAAUAUUAGCUAUGGUUCACUUCUUAUAAGUCAGGCCAUUCUAAUAUGUAUAUGUCAAAGGUGCUGGUUGUCUUUUUACAACUAUGCAAGUUGCCAAAGAGCCAAUGAAAAGGGAGGAGAAAAGGAAAGAAAGAAAAAAAAUCUUUGAAAAUACCCAGUACCACCCAUUGCCAAGUAAAAAAGGAUUUGUCUUUAGAGUUUCCUAUAUAUAUAUAUAUAUACAUAUAUAUAUAUAUAUAUAUAUAUAUAUUUCAGGGGUUUGUAUCCUGGCCACAUAAAGUGGGAUUAAACUUGAUAACAUAUAAUCUUGGCUCAGGAUUAAUGAAAGACUAGUGAUUUUUUGUUAUCCUUAGCUACAUAUAUAAUCAUUUGCUUUCAAAUGAGUAGUAGUAGAAAUUCAUAGCCUCAUCUGAAAUGUGUUGGCAAUAAGUAGAUGAAACAUUUUAGUAUGCUUAAGGAUGAGAACUAUUUGAAAUAAUUAGACUGAAUAAUUAGACUGAAAAGUUAAGUCUUGUCCCAUUUCUACUGUGCCUAUGAUUCCCAACAUGAAUCAGGUGUCCGGGAUGUCCUAUGUAUCCUACCACAGAAGCCAUCUAGCUAAGUGGCAGCAAGUACCUCUACCUGCCCCCCCCGCCGUCUGUCCUCAAUCCCACCAUGAGUUGGUGACUGAUGGGAAAGUGACAGCGUUGCCAGUGCACUUCCCACCAUCUCUGGCCAGCCAGCACGUAUAGAUUUUCCAAGCUACCUGUUUGGGUAUAAUGUGUGUGCUAACUUUCUCGUGUGUGCUGUCAACAUAGACACACAUGACUUCUUAGUACCAUCAUGCCAGAAAUGGAAAAUCCAUUUCUUUUUCUCAUAACAUAAGUGAAGAGCUUGGUACACUAUAUAUUAUCAAUUAGGAAAAUGUGAAUCUAAGAAUUAAAGAAAUCAAUGUGAUUAUUAUCUUUCCAUAACUGUGAUAAUAAUAUAAUCUGAAGAAUUGGCAUGCCUUUUAACUGCUGACAUCUAUAUUGAUUUUUAAAAAGAAAAUGCACUUUGAUGCUCAAUAAUUUGCUUCAAAGUAAAACCUUCAUUAUUGAUGUAAACUCUUACCCAUUUAAACAGCCAAGUUCCGUGAGCCAAUUCAAAAGGCAUUUUUAAAAAAUGAAUGCCAGUCGAACUUGGAUUGGUUUAAGGUAAAUGAGACAUGCCGUGCUUGAACUUAAGAAAUGUUGUGCAUUUUAAUUACUGCCUAUCAUAAUUAGAUACAUUUAAGUUUAAUUCAUGCUCAAAACUUAUAUAAUUCAUUUCUUCUGCAUAACAUAGUUGCUCAGGAAAAAAAAAAGUUGAGAGCGGUUUUGAAAAAUGUACCUCACAGGACUGUCUUCUUUUAAGGCGUCCCUGGCCAUAAAUGUUCUUAGGUGCUCUGGGCUCUCAUUCUGUAAAACUAAACAUUGUGGGAUGAGUCUCUUUUCCCUUAAAGAAAAAAAAAAGAACUGUUAGGAGAGAAGUUCUCAGAGAUGCCCCAAAAUAUCAAAGCAGGAGAGAUUGCAGAUCCUUAAACCAGUCAUUGCAGCAGGGGUAGAGUUUUUCAGGCAGUAAGGAUAAGAUAAGGAUGAGGGCACUAGAGUGACUGAUGAGAAGAAGAUAGAAAUGUUUAAACAAAGAUGAGCUGCCAAUUCUAAUGACCAAACAGAAGGAAUUGAUGGAAGGGGUUUCUUAGGGCUGAAAGACCCAAAGGCCCUCCACAACUGUUAAGGCAGGAAGCAUGGUCCAGUGGAGAGAGCUCUGGAUUUGGCCUUUGAGGACCUCAGUCUGAAUCCUUUCUGUUUUCCUUGAGUGAUCCUUAGUGAGUUAGUUAACCUCUCUGGGCCUCAGAGCCUCACUUAUCUGGAAAACAAGAGGGUUGGACUACAUGAACUCUGAUGUUCCUUUCUGACUCUAAUUCUAUGAGCCUAAAUUCAAUCAACAAGCAUUUAUUAAAUGCUUCUACUGUACCAGGCCCUGCACUAAACACUGGGGAUACAAGACAAAAGCAAAACUAUCCCCACCCUUGAGAAACUUAAGUUCUAAUGGAGGAAAACAACCUGCAUACCUAUGUAGGUAUAUGCAAAACAGAUACAAGCUAUUUGAGGAGAGGGCAAUAGAAGGUAUGGGGACAAGGAAAGGUUUUGUGUAGAAGGCGGUGCUUGAGUUGAAUUUUGAAGAUGAACAGGUAUUUCCAAGAGGUAGAAGCAAGAGAGUGCAUUCCAUGCAUAGGAAGCAACCAAGGCAAAGUCACAUAGAUGGGAAGAUGAGAGUGUCAUGAAUGACAAGAAGGCCAAUAUGGUGGAAACCUAGAGUGUGCAGAGAGAGUUAUGUUUGAGGAGACAGGAGAGAUAAGAAGGUUAGGUUGCCUAAUGGCUUGAAAUGCCAAACAGAGGUGCUUGGUUUGGAUCCAGACCCUUGUACUGCCCUGCAGAACCAUUUGAACUCCAGGGAAGUGAUUUAUCGAAAAUUCAUUGGAUUUGGGGAGGCAGACUAGUCCCACUGUGUGCUCUGACCUGGGCAGAUCAUAUCAAGAAGACUUUGGUUCUGUAUGCCAUGUUUUAGGAAGGACAUUAUAAAGCUGGUCCCAUCUAGAGAAGGGUAGUGUGGGUGGUCAAGAGGCUGGAAACCAUGCCAGAUGAGGAAUGUAGAGGUGCUUGAGAAGGGAAACGGAAUAUGGAAAGGGGACAUGAUCUUUCUCUUCAAAUAUUUGGAGAGCUGUCCCACAAAAAGGUAUUAGAGUUGUUUCACUUGACCCAGAGGGAAGAACAGAAACGGAUGGAUGGCAAGUUAGAAAGAUUUCAGCUCUAAGUGAGGAAAAAGUUCUGAGCAGUUAAGAGCUGUCCAAAAGUGGAAUGGAUUGUUUUAGUAGGUGAUGAGCUCCCUGUCACUGGUGGUCUGUUAAGCAGAGACUAGAUGAAUGACUCCUUAUCAUAGAUGCUGCAGAGAGGAUUCCUAUAGGUUGGACUCCCUGACCUCCGACAGCCUGUCUAAAAGACUUGUAAGAUUGGAUGAUUCAGCACUCUCUUUGGGAAUAUCUUUCAGCUAGCACCCAUGCCAGAUUUCCUUUGCUAACUUGGAUCUAGAUCCCCCUGAAAUCUUGAGCUCCUGAAGCCAGCCAAAACUUGAAAGUGAAAGAAAAUAUUGGUUUGGUUUGUUUGCUUGUUUUCCCUGAUCAGUGAAUUUUGGGCCCAAUGGAAAUUCCCAUGCCCCACCCAAUUUCCCCUUUCACCGGCCUAAAUGCCAUGAUGGGCCCCAGGGAAGUCACCAACCUGUCCACAUACUUGAGUAGGACAUCAAAUAUUUGUUUUUUUAGACCAGCCUUUUGAGGCCUCCUCCACUCCUACCCCCAAUCCACUUAGAACUCAUUUUUUGGUGCAGCUCCACAUAAAGCUGCUCUGUUUACUUGUAGCUGCCACUCCUCUGCUAACCUAGCCAUCACCAUCACAACCAGUUUUGAAAAUUACCUCCCUGGGUAGGAGGAGGAAAGCCUGCCUUUACCAACCUCCCCUGACUAUAACCACUUCCUGAUUGUGUCCCCUUCAACGGCAUUUGUUAAAUGUCUGCUAUCUGGAAGGUGCCAUGCUAUGGCAUAGUGGAAAAGGCAUUAGAUUUGGAACUGGGAAAACCUGAUUUCAAAUCCUGCCUCAGAUACUUGCUAGUUGUGUGACCCUGGGCAAGUCACUUAACCUCUCUGUGCCUCAGUUUCCUCAUCUGUAAAAUGAGAGGACUGGAUUCGAUGACCUCUAAUAUCCCUUCCAGAUCCUACUUGUGACCUUGGACAUGUCAUUUUACCUCUUCUGGCCUGUUUUCUCCUCUGUAAAAUGAGAGGGAUGGCCUCCAAGUGUCCCUUACAACUCUAAAUCUAAGAUCCUAUGAUGAAAAGCCCAAAAUGGAAACCAUCUUUGCCCUCAAGGAGGGCAUUCUGCUGCUGGGUGCAACAUGUACACAGUCAUAAAUACAAGGCAAUUUGAAGAGAGAGGGGACCAACAACUAGAAGACUUUAGAAGGGCUUUACAAAGAGGGUAACAUCUAAACUGGGCCUUGUUCUGUAAAGUUUUGUGGUUGAUCUUCAAGUAAUGGUCAGGCAUUUCGUAUCUAAAUUGUACAAAAUGUGACUGAAGUUUUGAAAGGCAAUCCAGAACUUGGGUGUCCAAAUGAGUGUUGUCUCCUUCAAAGUAGUCACCUUAGGAAGGCAAUUUGCUCACUCCCAUAAGCCAUUAUUGCUCAGGACAUGGUUAGCCCCACAAGAGAAUCAGUCACAUUGCUUUGGAUUACCCCCCCACACACACACACACAUGCUAGUUUCUAAGAUUCCUGAGGGCAAGAACUCGCCUAAAUUUCUUUGAUACUUCCUCCCUCUGCCCAUCCCCUGACCCUAGUGUUAGAUAAAUCAUGACUGUUUGGGUUCAAGGGACCUGGAUUCACAUUUUCACUCUGCUAUUUACUAGCUGUGUGACCUUGGAUGAGUUUUUUCUCUCUGGGCCUCAUUUUCCUCAUCUGUCAAGCCCGAGAGUUAAGACUAGAUGAUGCCCAAGGUCCCCUCCAUCUCUGACAUCCUGUUCUUUUAAAUGCAAGUUGAAAGGCAACAGUAGCAUCUGUUGCACCUAGCACCUGCUGCACCCGAAAGCCUAGGGGGAGGUAUAUUUCUGCCUCCUUCCUGAGCCUUGGGAAAUAGCUGGUAAAAGUGGUGGCAAUAGUUUAAGGGCUUAAGUAAUUAGUCUAAUUUAGAUGUUUAUUAUCUAUAUAACUGCUAAAGCAUAUUUACCAUUGAUGCAACCAUGUGCCUAACCCCAUUUAAUAGCAAUUAUAUUCAGGCUUUAAGUUGAAAAACAAUUUGCUUCAUAUUGUUUUGUUGACUUAUUAUCAAUAUCUUCAUUAAACUACAUUUCAGAUCCUAAAAAUAAAAUCAUAUUAGCCAAA